AUGACGGAGUUCAGACCUAUUAGCCUCUGUAACGUUAGUUACAAGAUCAUAUCGAAACUGCUAUCUAAGAGACUCAAGAGAGUUCUUCCUGAGCUGAUUUCGGAGACUCAAUCUGCCUUUGUGGCACGACGUUUGAUCACAGAUAAUAUUUUACUUGCGCAAGAGAACUUCCACGCCCUCCGGACAAACACCAGAGCUAGAGAAGAAUUUAUGGCCAUCAAGACGGACAUGAGCAAAGCGUACGACAGGGUGGAAUGGAGUUUUAUCCGGACCUUAAUGCUGCGUUUGGGGUUUGCAGAAAAGUUGGUUGAUCUUAUUAUGUUUUGUGUUACAUCGAUCUCCUAUCAAGUGAUCAUUAAUGGAGAACCCAGGGGUAAAAUUAUACCCACGAGAGGUUUGAGGCAGGGAGACCCAUUAUCCCCGUUCCUUUUCAUCUUGUGCACUGAAGCUCUGAUCUCCCUUCUUAAAGGAGCGGAGGAUGAGAAGCGCAUCUUAGGACUACGUGUGGCUCGGGCCAGCCCCCGGAUAUCUCAUCUUCUCUUUGCGGACGAUAGCCUUUUUUUCUGCAAAGCAGAAGUGAGACAGUGCAAGGAAAUUUUAGACAUCUUGGACUCAUAUGGAAAAGCUUCGGGACAGCAACUAAAUGCGACUAAAUCUUCCAUCAUUUUUGGAAAUAAGGUCGAUCAAAACAUAAAGCAGAAUAUAAAGGCUGUUCUUGGGAUUACUACUGAAGGUGGGAUGGGCAAAUACCUAGGACUCCCAGAGCAAAUUUGUGGCUCUAAGAUGAAAGUUUUCUCUUACGUACAAGACCGUCUUAAUGGAUGUGUUACCUCGUGGUCCGCUAGAUUACUCUCGAAAGGGGGUAAAGAGGUUCAAAUAAAAUCUGUGGCGCAAGCUGUGCCGACAUACAAUAUGUCGUGCUACUUGCUUCCACAAGGCAUUGUGGAGAAACUAAAGAGUGCUAUCUCAAACUUUUGGUGGAGCUCGAGCCAAAACAACCGAGGAUUACACUGGAUUGCAUGGGACAAGAUAUGUGUUCCACAUGAUCAAGGUGGACUUGGUUUUUUGGACCUACACGACUUUAAUAUCGCCCUAUUAGCAAAACAACUUUGGAGAUUGAUCCAGUUUCCAAAGUCUCUGCUUGCUCGAGUCUUGAGAGGACGGUACUAUAAUCGAUCAAGCCCCUUGAAAGAUCGGAAGGUCUACUCACCCUCAUAUGGCUGGCGUAGCAUUAUGGCAGCAAAACCACUCCUCAAAUCGGGCCUACGAAAGACUAUUGGAGCAGGACAAAACACAUGUGUUUGGUCUGAGCCUUGGAUUCCGGACAUUGAGGCUCGCCCGCCGAGACCAUCCAAUCAAAUCACUCAUAGACACCCAAAACUCCUUGUCCACUCCUUCAUUAGGCGUGAUACAAGGGAUUGGGAUACUAACCUGUUACUAGAAUACUUUCAUUCUGAGGAUAUCCCGUUAAUACUCAAACUACGACCAAGUAAUACGUGGUCUAUGGAUGGGUAUGCGUGGAACUUUACAAAGUCGGGCGUUUACUCAGUAAAAUCAGGAUAUCAACGUUUACAGAAGACUAAACCAUGUGAUGACGAAGCUCAGAUUGUACAACCAAGUAUCACUGGUUUACAGAGCCAUGUGUGGAGUAUCCCCGCUCCCGGGAAGAUGAAACACUUUAUGUGGCAAGCUUUGACAGGAUGUAUUGCUACAGCCGAAAGACUUGCAUAUAGACACUUGGGAACCGAUAGGAGCUGUCCUAGAUGCGGUGACCCUGAGGAAACCAUUAAUCACCUCCUCUUUGAAUGCCCCCGGCUCUCCAGGUGUGGGCUUUAUCGGACUAUCCGUCCCUUCCGGGUUACUUCCCGAGCUCGCAAUGAUAAAUUUUUCAAUGGUAAGGAUAUCUCCCCAUUGGAUACCCUCCAGCUAGCUUCCCUCGAAGCUGACUGUUGGAGGAAAGCAAAUUUACUGGAGGAGGGAGAAGAAGAGGAGCAACAUCCUACUCCGUCACUGGUUUCGACUUCUUCUGUGGACCCCCAACGUCCGACCUGCCAAAUCGAUGCAUCAUGGAUCGAGAAUAGCACGGUUAGUGGCUUAGGGUGGUUCUACAAGGAUCAAAUGGGAGUCGAAAGAUUUGGCCUACAAGGAUGCAGGAAAAGCCUAUCAGCUCUCCAUGCAGAGAUGGAAGGACUCAUAUGGUCGAUGUCCUGCUUACGAGAGUUACAGUACACCGUGAUUCAUAUCGAGACUGACUGUUCGGACCUGGUGGACAUGAUUUCGAACCCUACUGACUGGCCGGCUUUUGCCUCCGAGUUAGUUUCCUUUCGACUUUUACGAGCCGGUUUCUUGGAGUUCAGUAUCAGCCGCAUACCGAGGACAAGAAAUUCUCGUGCAGAUUCUCUCGCCAAGGAAGCAAGAUGUAGCGGUGUUCUCUUUUCCCAUAUUGAUCAGACUCAGUCGGACAGAGCGUCUCUUCGGAACGACUCAAACCCGACUACCACUUGA